AUGAAAGCCAGGCUCAUCAACCUCAUCCCAGGAGUGCGCUGGGUCCCGCACGACCUCCCCGCGCAGGACUCUUCCUCGCAGAAAAGCAAACCGCGCAAGCGCUUCUCGCUCCGGUCGUCUCCGCAUCCAUCUCCUCUUGGUGCCGUUCAUAAUCGCAAGUCUACGCUCUCGUUGCGCUCAGAGCCCGAUGAGGUUGUUGAUGCGCGUACGCUCGCGCAGGGUCAGAGCAUCUUCUUCGCCAUGCUCCCGCUCGAAAUCAGAAGGGAAGUGUACGAAUACGUCAUGGGCGCGGAGAGUGUGCAUCUGACGCUUGGCGCGAAGAAGAGGCUCGGGCACUUUGUGUGUGAAGAGGGCGGGGAUGGCGGGGGGCGGGAAUGCACGUGUCGCGUGCUAGGCGGUGGGAAGGGGAACGGGCGUUUGAGCCGUGGGGGGCUAAGCAUAGCAAUGGCUUGUCGGAGAAUGUACUCUGAAGCCGUGCCGUAUCUCUACCGCUCGCAUGCUUUCUCUCUCCUCCAUAUGAGCCACCUCCUCCACCUUCCCACUGCCGUUCCGCAACCCCGUCUGAACCAAAUCCGCACACUGCGGCUACGCUGGACGAUCCGUGCGCUUCCCUAUUUGCGUCGCGGGCCGGCUGAUCGUGUCGCGUAUCGGGAGGACACGGCGAUGUGGGAGCGGGGAUGGGCCAUCAUAGCAAGUAUGCAGGGACUCCGCGACUUGUAUGUUGUUGUUGUCGACCCGAGUCCGCAGGACAUGUGGGAGAGUAGUUGGGUGGAGCUAGAGGAGCAGUUGCUGCAGCCCGUGAGGAGUGUUACGAAACCGAAGUGCUUUGAAUUGAUGCUGCCGUAUGCGAGUUGUGGUGUUGAGUGGGAAAUGGGUUCGAGUCGAGUUGUUUUGAGACGACCGGACGGACAAGAAGGGUUGGAGGAUGAGGUAUGA